AUGCCAAUCCCCCGAUUCGGGCCCACACUCUACACCACAGCCCUCGUGUAUGUAGCUGUUCAGGUUGCGUUGGUGUCGUUUCUCAGCUCCUACUAUAACGUCGGCUUCAGCAAUGUAACAUGUUGGCUGUUGGAUAAGCUGGAAGAGAACGAUUAUAUGCGAGAGAAGAUUGAGGUGGUGAAAGAAUGGGUUGACGUUGCACAGGAAACAACAAAAUCUACGUUCAGCAAAAAGACUCGAGGGUCAGUGGAAGAGCAUUCAGCGCCAAUACAGGCCGAUAUAGCAUCUGGUGAAUUAACCGGGAUGAAAGUUUUUACACCGGAACAACUCUCGUUAUUUAACGGCAAUCGUGCAUCUCGACCUGUCUACUUGGCAAUUUUGGGACGCGUUUACGAUGUUGAUAAGGGCAAGAAGCACUAUGGAAAGGGCGGCGGUUAUUCGUUUUUCGCUGGGAAAGACGGUAGCCGUGCUUUCGUCUCUGGAGAUUUUACCGAGAAGGGUUUGAUCGACGAUUUGGAUGGAUUAGGUCAUGACGAUUUGCUCGGCGUUCGGGACUGGGUCUCGUUUUACGAUAAGGAUUAUUCCCUCGUCGGAGUGGUUACCGGACGCUAUUAUGAUGUGGACGGAAAUCCUACACAAGAGCUGAAAGAUGUACUAGCAAGGAUGGAGGUGGCAGCACAGUGGCGAGCCAAUAAGGCCGCCGAACAAGAAGUCUUCCCGCCAUGCAAUUCGGAAUGGAAGAAAGAGACAGGUGGCCGAGUGUGGUGUACAAUGAAGAGCGGCGGCAUUCAUCGAGAUUGGGUUGGCGUCCCGCGGAAAUACAAGGAACCGACGGCUAAAGCUCCACGCUGCGCGUGUGUCAAGAAUUUCGGUCGCGGAUUAUCAGCAAAAGCCACGGAGGACGGAAAUAAAGGCGACCUCGAUCAUCCUUAUCUCGAAUUAUAUGAGGGGUGUCCGGCUACAUCGAUGAGCUGCAAGAUCAACGAC